AUGUGUCCUGUUUCAACUGAACAAUCUGACUUUGUUUAUCGUCAAAAAGAAGCCGAUGAUUUUUUAAAGGUAUGAGCCUUCAAAACCGCUAAAAAACUCUCUUCAGCAUUAUAUCCAUAAAAAAACAUAUGUAUGAAUAUUUUAUUUAAUAUUUCCUUUCAGAAACGUAGUCUGGAGUACAAGAAAAAUCAGGUAAUCAAAUUAUAGUUGUGAAAUAAACUAUGCAGGUAUCAUCGAAUGCAGACAUCAUGGGCAUGGGCAAUAUUUAAAAAAACUGUUAAUCUUUGAAAAUGCGAUAUCAUUGUAGAAUGAACAUUUAUAUCUUUUACAUUAGGAAAAAGACAAAAUUUGUUCUGUCGUAUUAGGUGACGCCGACAACGAUAGUACGAAACAUAUUAAACCAGUGUCAAGUAGGUCUUCUUUCGAAAUUCGUGGUAUCCACCGCAAGAUUUUAAAAUUUUGAUCUUGCCAUGUUUUAUCAUGUGCGAUUUAUAUAUUUUUUUCACAUUCUUAACAAUAGGUAAUAUAUGUGUUUCAAAUUUCAGUGAGUGUAAAGGAUUAUCAGCUACCGCCAAUAGAAUUACUUCGUCAACGCAAGAUUUAUCGUAGACCCACCCCAGAGUACAACUAUAUAAUGCUGGACAAAAGUUCACCAGACAAAUGUCAGAAAACCACAGAUACUCCCGAGGUAAGGCGAAUACCGUAACUCAAGUAAAGAAUGCCGGACUGCUGGUGAUAUAGGAAUAAAAUAUUCCGCUUUCAGAGAAUAAAUUAUACGGCUCGUGCAAAUUGGAAAAUGUUGAAACAAUAUACCACUUUUAAUCCUGAUAUUUACCCGACACCAUCAGAUAAUUGCCAAAACUUAUACUUCUUGUAAUAUACAUUUUACCAACCGAUCCCGAUUUAACCGUCGGACAUCGGACAUUAUAGAGGUACGAAUGUUUGUUCAACUUUUAACAUUUUUACAAUAAAAAUAAGAUUUACUAUGCUUGUAAAUGUUACUUGGAUACUGGUUUAAUUGCAUAUACUUAUUAUGACAAUAAAACGAAAAGACUUACAAUGCCCGGCAAAGGUAUUUUUUCUUCAAGUCAAUCUCUAAAUAUGCUGUAUACUUACAAAAGGUGAACUAUUUGACAUUACGCAAUUGCAAUGCCGUUGUUUUCUAUGUGUUUUAAUCGAUGUCCACUUGAUGUCCUUGAUAUCCUAGUAAUUUUAUCGAAAUCAAAAUGUGAAAAAAGUCGAAUAUUUUGUACAGCUAAUUUGAUAAAAUGUCCCACGGAUUAAUAAAACUAUGUCGGACAUUUUGCCGGGAGAAUCUUUCAGUAUAAUCAAAUUUAAUGCAUUCUUCUCAUAUCUGAUGGAGGUGAUAUAAAGUUAUAAUAAAAGAACACCUGUAGUCCAGCAUACUGGAAUACAUGCAGUUUCAUGUGAGUUCAUGGCAACCAGGAAAAACAUCAGUCAUGUUUUCGCUCCUUACUUGUUAAAAGAAAUUAUUGCGAAGCCCAGUUAGAUUGCAUUCACGACCAUACAGUAGAAGACACUAUAGACUGGAAUUUUAAAACGUUUGGUCGAGUGAAUGCAAUUUGAUUCGUCUUUGUAUUCUGUCAUAGUAGUGUCUAAAUUACUUUGAAUUUGUACUGGAGUAAAAGUAGAAGUAAUUAAUAAUAAAUCUACUUGAGUAAAAGAGUAAAAAGUACUGGAGGCAAAACGUAAUUAACGUACUUGAAGGAACGGGUAAAAGUACUAAAAAGCCUUCCCCAAUGGAUUGACAUACCAAAGACACACAUUAUAUGCGUGCACCUAAUAUACAAUAUUUCCCGGCAUUGUCUACUUUCCAGACCCCGUUGAAGAUAUAAGAAAUCCAUUAAAUAAUUAAUGCUUAUAAGUGAGCCACAAAUGAGCUAGGGAUCCUAGACGCAUGUAGAGGUCCUAUUACCUAUCCCAAAAUAAAAAUAAAUCAGGAAUAAACCACGUAAAAUGAAACCAAAGUUAGAAAGUAACGAAAUACUUUGCCAGAAAUUGAAAAUAACAAAGUAAUAAGCGAUAUUUCUUAAAACGACUUCGUUCCAAGUAAAAGUACUCCGGAAAAAGUUUAUUUGUUACACGCUGACUUCUCAAAAAAAGCACUCAAUGCAAGUAUAGCAACGAAUUGAAGUAAAUUUACUUCGUUACUUGACACCACUACAUUCAUUUAUUAUACACUGCUAUGUAUUAAUUAAUUAAUUAACAUAUUCAUAUAUCAAUGUCUAUUCUUAUGUUUGUGUUCAGACAUUAUCCUCACGUAGUGCGGAGACGAAAGCGCAAUUAGCAGCUCAAAAGCAAGAGAAGAGACCAAGGGAUGAUCAUCGAACUCAUUUCACAUUUGGGAGUGACAUACAACGUUACCCUAACAGUGAACAGGUAAAACUCAACCAACGUGUUUACUGGAUUUCGUCCUAUAUAGGAUUGUAAUUUGCAACAAUUGGUGUCAAAUUUUUAAAACACGACAUAUAGUACUACAGUGCGGUGCUGCCUGGAGCGUGCGCAAAACAAGUGACACAAGCGCCAAGAUAUACUGUUUUUGAACAAAUACUAAGGCUUGUGAUUCUGAACAAACUAACAAACUGACAGACUAACAAACUCACGUCGCAAAUAUGAAGGGAUGACUAACUUUCUUCGGGCACCCCGCUUUUUUAUGCAGGGUGUCCUAAAAAUGCCGCGAACGAUGCACGAAAAAUGGUUGGUUAUUUUGUCCUGUCAAACAUCAGUAAAUUAAGCCAGUAACACGUACGAAUAUUAUCGAUUUAGCAUGAUCAGUUUGUGGGAAAGGCACCGAUGGACCCAGCUUAUCCUUCAGCUGGCAAAAGUAGCAAGAGGGAAGAUAAUUGCCAGGUUUGUAUAUAUGAUUUACGUAGACUUAAAAAUUUAAGAAAAGUUCUUAUAGUAUUUAUGCUUACUGAACCUAAGCAUAUAAAUAGUGUGAUGGACAGUAUAUGCAUUCUCCAACAUUUUCAUUGUAACACGAAAACAUUGCGAGUUUUUCGCCUCGAUCCAUAAAUGAAGUUUUUGACCAAUGCUAGAACGAACUUUGAUACUUGAUGCAAUCUAGUAGGUUUUUUAGCCAUCUUUCUCGAUUUAACUAAUAUUGAAGGGUUUUAAAAUACAAGAAAAAACAUACUCCGAAGAAUAACAUCUUGUAAACUCAAGAUAUGAGCUAUAACACAAGACAACAAUUCGUGGUCUUUUCUUAAGUAUCAUUGUAUGUCAAUAGUGUAAUACUUCUAAUACGUCAUCUCUUCCUGUUUCUUUGUAUUUAGUAUGAUAGCAAGUUUGUAAAUAGCUUAUUAUGGUUUGACAAUGACUUUGAAAUUGAGUCGAAAUAUCACCGCAAAAUUGUUGUCUUGUGUUAUAGCUCAUAUCUUAAGUUUACAAGAUGUUAUUCUUCGGAGUAUGGUUUUUCUUGUAUUUCAUUAACUUGUCUGCCGGUAAUGGUUUUUUUGGGUUUUUUUUAAGGGUUUUCCAGAUGGAAAUUUCGAGUGUAACUUUUAUACGUUUAUUUAGACGUAACCAUGCAGCUUCAACUAUAGGCAGUCUGGCAGGAAUCAACUAACCUGCGGUUAGAGCUCGACAACUGGACUCUGUAGCUCAGUUGGUUAGAGCGUUGCACCGGAAUUGCAGGGCCACAGGUUAGAUUCCUGUCAUAGAGCAUAUACAGUAGUUGCAUUUUUUGCAGCUGCUCCUGGUUAGGUCUAAAUAAAUGUAUAAAAUGUGAUUUUAAUAGAUUUCGAUAUAAUUACUUCAUGAAUACUUCCUUUGUCUGGAAGCCUCGCUCUCAUACACGCGCCUCGCUUGCGAUUCACGAGAAUGCGACUCUAUACCCAAGAAGAGAUUUAUGACAUUGAAAAGUUAUAUUAUUAAUAUAUGACUCUUUAUGAUUUAGGGACGAUGCUUCCGCAACUCCACUUCCGCAAUUGUCAGUGAUGAAAGCUGA